AUGCAGGGCAACAAUCUCGAGCUGUUCUGGGAGAUCGCCUCCUCGAAUCAAGAUGCCCGUCUGUCAUCCGCCAACAAGCUCGUCGAAGAGCUAUUGUCGCAACAAGACUUUCUCGCUUCUUGUUCCAAAAUCACUCUCGAUCUCCCCUCUCCAUCCCCCUCCUCGUCCGGCGAUUCCGAAUACAGCACCGACCCUUUGCACGUAGACCAAGCAGAAGCAGAGGCUGUUGAAGAAGCGCUCGGCAAUCGUACUGUUGCCGACCUCAUGUAUGCUCUUCGACGACUUCUCCGAGGCCUUGCCUCACCCCGAGAAAGCUCCCGUCUUGGUUUUGCUCUCGUCCUCACCGAGCUCCUCUCGCGACUUAACUACGCAGUUACCGCAAAAGAGAUGCUCACUCUUAUCCUCCAGUAUUCCAAUCCACAAGUGGCAGCAAGCAGACAGGAACAGAAGGAUUUCAUGUUUGCUAAACUCUUCGGGAUCAUGACUCUCGUCCAAUCCGAUCUUCUCAUUCAGCCGACCGCGACGGUGCAAGACUUUAAGAGAUCCAUGCAGAUCUUGAUCGCGUUGAGUUCGGAUAAGCCUUGGAUGGCAGAGAGUUGCACUUGGGUUAUGGUCAAUGCUGUUGCUCAACUUCAACGACCCCAUCUUAAUUUCCAAUGGACCACAGAGGCACAGUGUUGGAUGGCGGACCAGAUCUCAUCCACCAAAGAACCCAGUCCUGAAAAGCUCGCUCUUAUGCUGCAACUCAGCCGUGGUUUGGGAAGCGACUUUUUCCACAACCUCGCUCUGCCUUGGAUGCGAAAGCAACACCCAUUGUCCACCGCAAAUCUGCCCACAUUGGCACGCGUGUUGAAGGAAGCAAUCCCAUCCGAGAACCAAGCCGCCACACCCGUGCGGGCUAGGUCAAGAUGGCAAGCCAAAAUCCAUUUCGUUUGGGAUUUCAUCCUGGACAUCUACUUCAACCAAUCCUCCAAUCCAGCCCUCGAGACCAAGAUCUCUUCUUUCCCUGACUUCUACCGAGUAGUGGUCGACGAAACGCUUUUCGCUGCCGCUUCAUCUCACGAUCGUAAGAGUUGGGCUUUCCAAGUCUUCCAACGUGCCCUCCCUCGAGCCAAGGAUGCAGAUAAACCGAUGCUCUUUACGCCCAACUUUAUGCGCACCCUGAUCAACCAACUCGGCAAUCGCGAUCGUUUGCUACACCGUGCUGCCGUCAAAGCUACAGAGACGAUUCAGGAGGUCGUCAAAGAACAGCCCCAUCUCGGCUUCCUUCUCGUCACCCAGCUGAUCGGCAAGAACGGUCAUCAGAACUUUGACUCGAUUACAAAGACAAAGACGGUCGAACAGGUGCUCUCCUCGCUCGACAUCGAUCGGGUGCGAGAGUACGUCAAGUAUCUCGGCGACAUGAUUUGCCAAGGCAUUCAAACCGACGACGACGACCAGCUGGCACAGAUCAACAACCGUCGUAAAUGGGCUUUGGACCAACUACUUUUCCUCGUUCGAACGGCUACUGUGCCCAAAGACGAUGAGUUGCUCGUCGACAUCCUUACUUUCCUUGCUGCUCAUGGCUACUACACCAUGCAAAAGCCACUUAAGAAAAACUUUUUGCUGGAUCGUCUCCCCACACCCGCCUUUGUCGACUCGCUCAAGGCUGCCGCUCGUUCGCGAUUCCUCUCGAGCGUAAGUGAGCUAGCUAAACAAGCCCGCACUUACACCUCCAUCUCCACCACCACCUCCACCUCCCUCUCCGCUUCCGGCAGAAAGACUCUUGGAUUCGCCCAAGAUGGCCAACUCUGGCUGGCAAAAGCACACAAUAUCCUUGUUCAGCUGGAAUCGGACAAGUCGUUCAAAUCGAUCUUCGACACAGAUGCCGAAAUUGCCGCUAAGCUCGCCGACGGUGUUCGAUGCCUUGAAAAGGUGCGCAAAGUUGAAGCUAAGAGUGAGGAUGCGGAUGUUAAGGAGCGCGCAUGUGCUUUACAGUCGUUGCUCCUCAGUGCCCUGUUGGUUUCCGCCGAUGCCGCUGAUGGAGCGAGUCAUCUAGUGGAGCCCUUGUGUGUUUGUGCUGAUAAAUUCUUUUCUGCUGAAAAACCUGCCGGUGGCAAGAAGGGUAAGAAGCAGGUUGAGGAGGAGCAAGUCGAUAGAGAAACGCUGACAGGCAUCGAGUUGCUGUGCGAUUGCUUGUUGAGCUUCUUGGAGCUUUCAUCUGCUUUCUUGCGUACGACGGCUACCAACGCUUUCGAGGCUUUUAGUAAGCAUAUGAGUAAAGAGAGUAUUGGAUUGCUGCUCUCGCAUCUUGGUACCACUGAGGCUGCACAGGUCGGUGAGCAGGAAGAGGAGAUGGAGGAUGAGGAGGAGAUGGAGGAUGGCAAGCCUCGCGCUUCGGACACUUGGGCUACCAGCGAUGAAGAGGACGAGCAAGAUUCUGACGUCGACGCUGACGAGAACGACGAGGUUGACGAGGAACUUCGUGCUCGUGUAAGAGCCGUACUCAAGGAAUCUGGUAUGGCCGACCCUGACGCCGAGGAUCAUGAAGACGAGGGGGAGGAGGAGGAGGAGGAGGAGAAGGAGGAGGAGGGGAAGGACGACGAUGCGGCCUCAGAUGCUGGUUCGGAUUCAAGUGUCGAGUUCUCCGAUCUGGGCGACGAUGAGAUGAUGCUGCUGGAUGACAAGCUCGCCGAAGUGUUCCGCCAACGAGUCUCUGCAGCUCGCGAUCAGAAGGAAGCCAAGCAAGAAGCGAUCGCACUGCGAUUCAAGGUGCUCGAACUCAUCGAGAUCUUUGCUCGCAAGCAACCUCAAAGCCCACUGAUUCUCGAUCUCAUUACUCCCCUCUACGAGCUCUGGACCAACAGGGACGAGGAGACGGAGGCAGUUGCCAACAAGGCUCGUCAACUCUUGCUCAACCGCAUCAGCAAAGCCAAAGCUGUCCCUGAAGAGGUUGACGUCGAUCAGGUCUCUUGGCUCCUCGAGCGAAUGCAUACCGAAGCUCGCGAGUCGCAAUCGAACGACGUGUCCAACGUCAGUCAGGCGAUCAACGUCUACCUGACCAAAGUAGCGCUGUGCAAGUCAGGGGAGAAGGUCAAAUCGGCACUUGGCGGUAAGCUUGUAGAAAUGUACCGCCAGUCGCUACUGGACUAUCUGACGAGGAAAGCCAGCCGAAUGCGUCACGAAUUCCUCAUCGAUGCAUUCCGUCGUUUCCCCAUGCUUGGUUGGGAGUUGCGAUCCGAGCUCUUGAACAGCUGUCGACCUGGAGCUGCAAGCCGUGCAUUCCGACAGGUUCAAGUUAUGCAGAUGUUGCAAGCUGUGCUUACUCAGAUUGCACAGCGUGCUGAUCAGAAGGAGGAGGUGCUUGCAUUCCUGCCCGAGAUCAGCAACUGCUUUGUUCAGAUGGUCAACGAGUCGGAUGCGGCUGCCGUGGUGAGCUCAAACCACAUGAAGGAUACGAUCAAGUUCGUGUUGCAAGCCGCAAGGAUCAGCGCAAGGAUCGAGACCAACAAGGACAACUUACAGAGCGCUUGGAAGUUGGAUAAAUUGCAAGAGGCGGGUGACAAGUUGCAGAAUAGCGACAAGUUUAAGGCUUCGACAUCAAUUCAUGACUUGAUGAAGCAGUUGCUUAAGGUGUUACAGGGUGAUGCGGCUGUUGGGGCGAGCGGGAAGAAGCAGGACGGUGGGAAGAAGCAGGGUGGUGGGAAGAAGCAGGACGGUGGGAAGAAACGUGCUGCUGAAGAGUCGACAUGGGCUGCGACAACAACGACCGCGAACGGCAAGUUGCCUUCGCCUGUUAAGAAGGUCAAGGCGAGCACAAAGUAA